AUGACAGGAACCAAAGUUAUUAUUGAUUGUGAUGCUGGUAUAGAUGAUGCACUAGCAUUAAUAAUAUUAAUCGCUGCUCAUAAACAAGGGAAAAUUCAAAUUAAAGCAAUUACUUGUGUUAAUGGCAAUACAAGUGUAAACAAUGUAGUAAAAAAUGUAUUUAGAACUUUAGAUGUUUGCAAAGUAACAGAUAUACCAGUUUUCCAAGGAGCACACGCACCUUUACUUUGCAUUAAAAAUGCAGCUCAAGAUUACUAUCAUGGUAAUGAUGGAUUUGGUGAUGUAUAUGAUACAAAAAUAGAUACAAAUAAAUUAGAACAAGAACAUGCUGUAUAUGCUUUAAAUAAGAUUGUAUCAGAAUAUCCCAAUGAAGUGAAUAUUUUAUGUAUAGGACCAUUAACAAACAUAGCAUUAGUAGUAAAAAUGUACCCUAAAUUUAUGGAUAAUGUGAAAGAAUUUUACAUUAUGGGAGGAAACACAACAGCACAAGGAAAUAUUACACCUCAAGCAGAAUUUAAUUUUUACAUGGAUCCUGAAAGUGUACAUAUAGUAUUUAAUAAUAAUAAAAAACGUUUAUGGCUAUUACCAUGGGAAACAUGUUUAAAAUCCCGUAUUUCACAUGAAUGGCGAAGAGACAUAUUAGGUCAAAUGGAUAAACCUUGUAUUCAGCUUAUGAAUGAUAUUGAAUAUGCAUGUCAGAAGAAAAGAAAAAAACAAUUUCCUACUUAUAUUAUGUGUGAUGCAAUUUUAGCUGGAAUAUUAUUAAGGCCAGAGAUUGCUCAAAAUAUAGUCUCAUAUCAUGCUGAUAUUGAAUUAAAUGGCAAUAGAACACGAGGUCAAGUUGUACUUGAUCAUUUAUUGUCAAAUGAACCUAAUGUACUCCUAAUUCAAGAUUUUGAUUCAGAAAUUUUUAAAGAGCUCUUAAUAUUUUCAGUCAAUAAUUUAGAUAAUAGAUAA